AAGCCCUACAGAUAAAAUACAGUACUGUACAUAAAAAUUAAUUGGCCAAACAUCCCAAUCCAGAAAUAAAGUGUCUCGGUGAGACUUCCCUUGGUAGGGGUUUGACCACUUUCUGCUGUCCGCCUUGUAUGUUGAACUUCUUUCUUACCGUACGUAGCCAACCGUACUAAUCGGGAGGUGCAGUUUUUUUACAGUUUGGGUGCAAUUUGAAAGAAAGUUACGGCCACUCAAAUACCGUUCAACCAACGGUCAUUACCAGCUCCACCCACACACCACCACCACACCACUCUUAACUCUUCCACUGACACCCCCAUAGCUCUUGCACUGCCACCACCACUCAUAUCCCUACAGCCACCGCUAAGACCACAUAAACAUACCGCCAACACUACUAUUGCCACCACCACCACCGAUCUACCACUUAACCAAAUCCACCACCCAUAUAUCUACGAACACCACCAACACCACUACAGACCUCCACCCGCACCUGUACCGCCACAACGACCACCACCAGCCACGCGCAGCCUCAAAGCCAUCACCGAUUUCACCAAAACUACCGCCACACAUUCCGCGGUCACCAAUAGCUCCACUAAUACCACCACUACCAUUAACCCCAUCAUCACCGCCACCUAAACCACCACCACCAUCAAUACCUGCCCAUACAACCACAACCACCAACUACCGUUACCACCAAAACCAUCCUGCCACCCCCACCGCUGCCGAGGAUCUCCACCCUCGCCGUAGAGCAGCGUUGGACACCGCUCCCAAGAGGACUGCGGCCUCACACGACGGGGACGAGUGCGAUGAUCGAGAACCGACCUCAGUCGAUGCAGUUUGGUCUCAUUCCGGAUCACAACCGAGCAGGCGGCUGUCCGGCCUCAUAUCGCUCGGCCCAACCGCACGCGCACAUCCACGUGGCGCCCGCGGAGGAGCAGCCGGAGGGCCCCUCCGCCGCGGGGCCCGCGUCCACCACGUGCCCCGCCUGCCAGCACGAGGUGGUCACCGAGACCGUCAGCAGCCCGGGACUCCUGGCCUGGAUCUUGGUGGGCAUCAUGUGUCUGCUGGGGCUUUGGCUGUGCUGUUUAAUCCCCCUGUGCCUCACCCCCUGCCACGACAUCCACCACCACUGUCCCAGCUGCAAGGCGCGCAUCAGCACGAUCCGCAGGAUGUGAUGGGGACGGCACCAACCCCCCCCACCCCACCUCCUCCAAAGCGCCAUCCUCCUCCCGACGUCAUCAUCCUCGACGCGGGCAGCAGUUGUGACGCGCUCGUGACUCACAGCAGGAAGUGUGCUUCGGUUCGAUUCCUCACUCGGGUCGACUUUCUCUGUGCAGUUUGUGUGUUCUCUCUCUGUCUCGCUGUCCCUCCACCGUGUGGAUUUCCUCCGGGUUCAGAGUCAGAAUAGUUUUUUUUUUUAAUCCGGGAAGAAUCCGAUGAGUUAUGAAGCUCUUUUUCACGGUUCUCGGGUUUCCUCCGAAAAGCUAAAAAUAAAAUAAAAUGUACGGUGGAUGUAAUUUGUGUCGGUCAAGAAUCCAAUGUGUGGCAGGACUCUGCAAAAAAGCAAUCUUCGGGACUUUUCUGGGUAAAUAAAUUGCAAAUAUUGUCAAUAUCGUGGUCAAUGCCACGACCCACUGAUAGUGGCAAUGCAUGAACCACAAGUGCAGGGUAGAACACACUCGCUUAACAUCUAGAGGUGGGAUUCGGAUCACUGUUGUUAUUGUGUUAGAACAAUGAGCGUCUUCAUAUUUAUAUUUGCAAAGCUCACGUUCUGCUUACGUGACACAACCUUGCUAAUGGGCUGUGGUGGAUUCCCGACUCAUUUGUAAUGAACGCGAUCUAAACCGAGGAGAAAGAAGAAACCCCCCUUUAUUAUGAAAACGAAAAGCACCGUUGAAUUAAUAUUUAAUUGUAGUUUUUACUUCGUUACCUUAAUUCUGUCACACAACUGCGGUAUAAUAACGUUUAAAUCACAAUAUGAAUUGACGCUUAUAAAGUGCGUUUCACCCAGAGGUCGCAAGGCGCUGCAGACUGCUAAAAGCAAGUAAGUUAAUAAUUAAACUCACGCAAUUCUAAAACCUAAUAUAUCACGCAGCGGGCUCUUGAUUUAACCACGGAUACAAAUACCACCCCCGCCCCCACACUCCCAAAAGGCAUAACAAAUUUGAACAAGGAGAAAAUACCUUUAAGAAAAAAUAUACCUUCAGGCGGGAUUAAAAUAAACGUGACCAGGCAGACCUCUUCUUUGGUUCUUUCGGUAAAGUCACGUA